UUCUCCAAAAAGAAUGGAUUUCUCCUAUCAUGAUUUGUAAAGUAAAUAUGCUAUCACAUACAACAUGGGAUCUGAGGGCAUAAAAAAAAACCCUCCAAAGGUUGAAAAUUACUGAAGAGGGAUGUACCUGGGGCUUGUUAGAUAAUGAUUAGAGCUAUGGUGUAAUUAUGGUAUGUUGAGUUGAUGUAUUGGAACAAUGUUGUGUAGAAGACUAACUUGUGAUUACGAUAAAAACCAAGGAAAAAUCAUAGAGUACUCCAUUCUUACCACAGGAAACAGGAAUAAUUGCAAUGACUUUCCCUGAUUGCUUCAAUAAUAUGCUGCUCUCUGUUUGGAUAUUCUCCCGCUGAAGCUAUAUCAUGAUCGAGCAGAUCAAUUUUCAUCACUGGAGCAUGGCAUCCAAAUCAAAGGUUUCAUACAUCCCAUUGCCAACUAAUGGUAUCCUUGACAUGCAGAAGAUGUUGACUGUUAACUACUAUAAACUUGGCAUACUCCUUACCAUAGAUUGUCCGGAGAGUAAUUUAGUUCUGAAAGAGUUCACGAGACAGGCACUGCCAUACAAUCAAACUUACCAAUGGCUGCUAGUAACUGAACAUGAUAGCCUUCCAAUAGCAAUUCUUCGAGAUCUACCCUUGACUAUAGACACCGAAAUGACAUUUGCCAUUAGGAAUGGCUUACAUUAUGUAUUACAUGAUGUUUACAACCCAAGUUAUAGACAUGGAGGGUCAUUAAACAUAACGCCGAUGGGAAAGUGGAAUAACAGCAGCGGUCUGGACAUUAAUCUCACUCAGUACAAGUAUCAACGGCGUGGGAAUUUGAAUGGUCUUAUUAUCAACGUAUCACUUGCAAUCACCCAUGACCCGACUCCAGACUUUGAGACUUACAUUACAACUCCGGUCAAUCGCCACUUUGAUACGAUGCAUCGGUAUCAUUUUGCCUUAAUCCGGCAUUUGCGUGAAUAUUACAACUUCACAAUGAACUUGAUGCGCACAGACAGUUGGGGAUACUUGAUAAAUGGAACCUUCAAUGGGAUGCUUGGAGAAAUGGUUGCAGGUAGAGUAGAUAUCGGAGCUACUCCAUUGAUUUUCAGAGAAGAACGCAUCAAUGUAGCCGAAUUCACAGUGCAAACUUAUGUAGCCCGAGCGUGUUUUAUAUUUCGUCACCCAAAAAAAAGUACAGUUCGUAAUGGAUUUCUGAAACCAUUCACAGAAGAGGUUUGGUAUGCGACCGUUAUCAUUGCUUUAGUGAACUGGAUUUUGUUGUAUCUCACAGCCAGGGUAGAGAUUCGACUUCAGACUAAUGCAUCACCUUCUACAUUGAACACAUUGCCAGCCUCAGAAACAGCUCUGAUUACCGUAGCUGCUUUAUGCCAGCAGGGGUUAUCAGAUGGUCCUCACCUCUAUUCUGGACGUGUUGUAUUUUUUACAUUAUUCUUGUGGGCUCUGUUGCUGUUCCAAUAUUAUUCAGCAAGUAUUGUCGGUUCCCUACUAGCGGAACCCCCACGUUAUAUUCGUACGCUAAAAGAUUUAUUGGAAAGUGACAUGCCAGUUGGGAUCGAAGAUAUUGCUUACAACUAUAAUCAUUUUGCGACAACGACAGAUGAGGUUGCUUUGGAACUGCAUAGACGUAAAAUUGCACCUGGCAAAGGGAGAAAACGUGCAGCCUAUUUUAACGUAACUGACGGUCUCCGCAGGUUGCAAAAAGGCAACUUUGCCUUUCACGUAGAUGUUGCUACAGCAUAUAAAUUUAUAACGGACGAAUUCGAAGAAGAUGAAAUUUGCGAUUUAGUUGAAAUUCAACUAUUUCCACAACACCAUUUAGGUACCGUUACUAGCAAACAUUCCCCAUUCAAAAAAAUGGUUACUUAUGGAAUGCGCCAAAUAAUUGAACAUGGAGUGGCAGAGAGAUUAAAACAUGUGUGGCAAUACAGGCGACCUCGGUGUCCAGUUAGCCACAGUCUAAAUCCCGUUCAAGUAUCAAUUGGGGAAUUUUCGCCAGCACUAUUUUUAUUGCUAAUGGGUCUUAUGAGUGCAGCUACAGUGUGUCUCGGAGAAUACCAUAUUCGAAGGCAAGGCAUGGUGCAGAAAUAUACGCAGAUGUUGGGAUGUACAACUUAUCAAAAUAGUAAUCUCUAAAGAACUCCAACUAGCUCAGUACAUAAUGGUAAAAUAAUGUAACUAUUCGGUAAGCCUUAAGUGGUCUUAUUUAAAAUUCAAAUUAUAAACAAAUAAGUAAAUUACAUAGAUAAUAAUUGAGAUGAAUGGUUGAUCUUUAAAUAACAUGAAAAUAUGUGUUCGCAUUUAAAUUCUUUACGUCAUGAAUUACAAGAACUUCUGGAUCCAGAUCAUUAGCAUGCUCUGCGAGCGGAUGUUAUCUUUUCAUAUCUUUAAUCAUUAACGUCGUCUAUUCACAAAACAUUUCAUAAAACUGCAAUUAAUUCAAAAUGUAUUUUUCUACCAAACAACUGCAGAUGUCACACCGUGGAAACUAAUAUUUAAAAUAGAACAUACAUUGUAUAUUUCGGCUUCAAUGCGUUCAACAGAUUUAUGUAUAUCUACACGAUACAUUUGUACUUGAAACUUGUGAAUUUUGAACACAUCAACGAGCAACUUUGUUUAUUCAGCGACAAUUGGUCGAUUUUCAAUUUAUAAAGUCGAAAGGUAGGCUGUCCAAUAAGUUUGCACACUAAAUCCGUGAUUCUCUAUCCAAUUGAGUAUUUUUGAUACAUCAAUUACUACAGCUAAUUCAACGAUCAUUAUUUCAACAUUAGUAUCAAAAAUCU